GAUCCGUGGCCGCGCCGUGCGCCUUAGAGCCGCAGUUCUCCCGUGAGAGGGCCUUUGCGGUGAGCCAAACACAUUAGCUCAGCAGCGGAAGACUCCGAGUUCUCGGUACUCUUCAGGGAUGAGUCAUGUGGCGGUGGAAAAUGCGCUCGGGCUGGACCAGCAGUUUGCUGGCCUAGACCUGAACUCUUCUGAUAAUCAGAGUGGAGGAAGUACCGCCAGCAAAGGGCGCUAUAUUCCUCCUCACUUAAGGAACAGAGAAGCUACUAAAGGAUUCUAUGAUAAAGACAGUUCAGGGUGGAGUUCUAGUAAAGAUAAGGAUGCAUACAGCAGUUUUGGUUGCCGUAGUGAUUCAAGAGGGAAGUCUAGUUUCUUCAGUGAUCGUGGAAGUGGAUCAAGGGGAAGGUUUGAUGAUCGUGGACGAGGUGACUAUGACAGCAUUGGCAGCCGUGGUGAGAGAGGUGGCUUUGGAAAAUAUGAACGUGGUGGAAACAGUCGCUGGUGUGACAAAUCAGAUGAAGAUGAUUGGUCAAAACCACUCCCGCCAAGUGAACGCUUGGAACAAUCUUCUGAUUGCAGAGAACUUUUUUCUGGAGGCAACACCGGGAUUAACUUUGAAAAAUACGAUGACAUUCCAGUUGAGGCAACAGGCAACAACUGUCCUCCACACAUUGAAAGUUUCAGUGAUCUUGAGAUGGGAGAAAUUAUUAUGGGAAACAUUGAGCUUACUCGCUACACUCGUCCAACUCCAGUGCAAAAGCAUGCUAUUCCUAUUAUCAAAGAGAAGAGAGACUUGAUGGCUUGUGCCCAAACAGGGUCUGGAAAAACUGCAGCAUUUCUCUUGCCCAUCUUGAGUCAGAUUUAUUCUGAUGGUCCAGGCGAGGCUUUGAGGGCCAUGAAGGAAAAUGGAAGGUAUGGGCGCCGCAAACAAUACCCAAUCUCCUUGGUGUUAGCACCAACUAGAGAAUUGGCUGUACAGAUCUAUGAGGAAGCCAGGAAAUUUUCAUACCGAUCUAGAGUUCGUCCUUGCGUGGUUUAUGGUGGUGCUGAUAUUGGUCAGCAAAUUCGAGACUUAGAACGUGGAUGUCACUUGUUAGUAGCCACUCCAGGACGUCUAGUGGAUAUGAUGGAAAGAGGGAAGAUUGGAUUAGACUUCUGCAAAUACUUGGUGUUAGAUGAAGCUGAUCGGAUGUUGGAUAUGGGGUUUGAGCCUCAAAUACGUAGAAUCGUUGAACAAGAUACUAUGCCACCAAAGGGAGUUCGCCACACUAUGAUGUUUAGUGCUACCUUCCCGAAGGAAAUACAGAUGCUUGCUCGUGAUUUCUUGGAUGAGUAUAUCUUUCUGGCCGUAGGAAGAGUUGGCUCUACCUCUGAGAACAUCACACAGAAAGUAGUCUGGGUGGAAGAGUCAGACAAACGGUCAUUUCUGCUUGACCUUCUAAAUGCAACAGGCAAAGAUUCACUGACCUUAGUGUUUGUGGAGACCAAAAAGGGUGCAGAUUCUCUAGAGGAUUUCUUGUACCAUGAAGGAUAUGCCUGUACGAGUAUCCAUGGAGACCGAUCUCAGAGAGAUAGAGAAGAGGCUCUUCACCAGUUCCGCUCAGGAAAAAGCCCAAUUCUAGUGGCUACAGCAGUAGCAGCAAGAGGACUGGACAUUUCAAAUGUGAAACAUGUUAUCAAUUUUGAUUUGCCCAGUGAUAUUGAAGAAUAUGUACAUCGCAUUGGCCGUACAGGACGUGUAGGAAACCUUGGCCUUGCCACCUCAUUCUUUAAUGAGAGGAACGUAAAUAUUACCAAGGAUUUGUUGGAUCUUCUUGUUGAAGCUAAACAAGAAGUGCCAUCUUGGUUAGAAAACAUGGCUUAUGAACAUCACUACAAGGGUAGCAGUCGUGGACGAUCCAAAAGUAGUAGAUUCAGUGGAGGAUUUGGUGCCAGAGACUAUCGACAGAGUAGUGGUGCCAGCAGUUCCAGCUUCAGCAGCAGCCGCGCCAGCAGCAGCCGCAGUGGUGGAGGCGGCCAUGGCAGCAGCAGAGGGUUUGGUGGAGGUGGCUAUGGAGGCUUUUACAACAGUGAUGGAUAUGGAGGAAAUUAUAACUCCCAGGGGGUUGACUGGUGGGGUAACUGAACCUGCUUUGCAGUAGGUCACCCUGCCAAACAAGCUAAUAUGGAAACCACAUGUAACUUAGCCAGACUAUACCUUGUGUAGCUUCAAGAACUCGCAGUACAUUACCAGCUGUGAUUCUCCACUGAAAUUUUUUUUUUAAGGGAGCUCAAGGUCACAUGAAGAGUUGAAAGGAACAAUCAGCAGCCCUGUUCAGAAGGUGGUUUGAAGACUUCAUUGCUGUAGUUUGGAUUAACUCCCCUCCCAACCCCCAUCCCAAACUGCAUUUAUAAUUUUGUGACUGAGGAUCAUUUGUUUGUUAAUGUACUGUGCCUUUAACUUUAGACAACUUUUUAUUUUGAUGUCCUGUUGGCUCAGUAAUGCUCAAGAUACCAAUUGUUUUGACAAAAUAAAUUUACUGAACUUGGGCUAAAAUCAAACCUUGGCACACAGGUGUGAUACAACUUAACAGGAAUCAUCGAUUCAUCCAUAAAUAUUAUAAGGAAAAAACUUAUGCGGUAGCCUGCAUUAGGGCUUUUUGAUACUUGCAGAUUGGGGGAAAACAAACAACAAACGUCUUGAAGCAUAUUAAUGGAAUUAGUUUCUAAUGUGGCAAACUGUAUUAAGUUAAAGUUCUGAUUUGCUCACUCUAUCCUGGAUAGGUAUUUAGAACCUGAUAGUCUUUAAACAAGCCAUUCCAGUCAUGAUGAGGUGAUGUAUGAAUACAUGCAUACAUUCAAAGCACUGUUUUCAAAGUUAAUGCAAGUAAAUACAGCAAUUCCUCUUUCAAUGUUUAGGCAGAUCAUUAAUUAUGAGCUAGCCAGAUGUGGGCAUACUAUUACAGGGAAAGUAUAAAGGUCUGAUAACUUGAGAUAGGUUUUUAGGAGAAUUCAUCUACUUAGACUUUAUAAAUGCCUGCCAUAAGUGAAAUUGAAAUGGUAGAAUGGCUGACCACAGCAAUGACCAGCCCUCAUUUAGGGCCCUGGAUGAUUUUUGGUCUAAUAACGCAUGCUAGUGUUGAUGUUUUUUGGUCAAGAGGGUAUGAACAGGAAGAAUUAAUGCAGCAGGCUUUAUUUUAAAUGCCGAUUUACAUUACUCUGUUCAAGCUGCGUUGAGAUGUUAAACUGGCUUACUAUAGACUUUGUAAAAAUGGCUCCAGAAGAGUAACAAACUGAAAUCUUUUGAGAUCACACAGGUUGGAAAUAUGUACAUAACUGCACAAGGUGUCAAUUCUGCUAUACAGUGCAGUUUUAGUCAGUUUUAGUUGCAUAGGUUUCCAUUGUAUUUAUAGUCUGUUUAUGCUAAAUCUGGCCAAAGAUGAGCAUUGUCCACCACUAAAAUGCCUCUGCCACUUUGAAUUCUGUGCUAAUUUUGUGGCCAGAAUGCGGUGAUCAAAACGCUCAAUCUUUUUACAGUGGCAUAGGAAGAUGGCAAAAAUUUCCUAAAGUGCAAUAGAUUUUCAAGUGUAUUGUGCCUUGUUCUAAAACUUUUAUUAAGUAGGUGCACUUGACAGUAUUGAGGUCAUUUGUUAUGGUGCUAUUUCAAUUAGUCUAGGUUUAGGCCCUUGUACAUUUUGCCCAUAACUUUUUACAAAGUACUUCUUUUAUUGCACAUUCAGAGAAUUUUAUAUAUAUGUCUUGUGUGCGUGUCCUUAAACUUCCAAUCUUAUUUUGUCUCUUGGAGAUUGUUGAACGCAGCUUGUCUAGGAAGGGGAUGGGACUAGAUUCUAAAAUUUAUUUGGGACCAUGGGAAUGAUAGUUGGGAAGAAAACUAUUUGCACACGACAGAUUUCUAGAUACUUUUUGCUGCUAGUUUUAUGUAAUAUUUAUUGAACAUUUUGACAAAUAUUUAUUUUUGUAAGCCUAAAAGUGAUUCUUUGAAAGUUUAAAGAAACUUGACCAAAAGACAGUACAAAAACACUGGCACUUGAAUGUUGAAUGUCACCGUAUGCGUGAAAUUAUAUAUUUCGGGGUAGUGUGAGCUUUUAAUGUUAAGUCAUAAUAAACUCUUAAGUCAAAUUAAGCAGACCCGGCAUUGGCAGUGUAGCCAUAACUUUCUGAUGUUAGUAAAAAUAAAAUUGGCGACUUUAAAUUAAAUCAUGCCAAGGUUUUGAUACACUUGUCUUAAGAUAUUAAUGAAACACUUCAAAACACUGAUACGAAGUGUCCAGAUUCUCAGAUAUUGUGUGAGUUUUGUUUCGUUGUGUGUAUUUUUUUUUUUUCAGUGAAUGUCUGGCUCAUUGCAAUCCUCAAACAUGUGGUUAUCUUUGUUGUAUUGGCAUAAUCAGUGACUUGUACAUUCAGCGUUAGCAUUUGAGCAAGUUUUAUCAGCAAGCAAUAUUUUCAGUUAAUAAAUAAGGUUUCAAAAAUCACAUGAGUGGAUUUAAACUUGCUGAAUGUGAAGAUUGAACCUCAAGUCACUGUAGCUUUAGUAAUUGCUUAUUGUAUUAGUUUAGAUGCUAGCACUGCAUGUGCUGUGCAUAUUCUGAUUUUAUUAAAAUAAAAAGUUGAACUGCACAGUC